AAGCAUUCUCAGAAAGUUCAUGUAAGACACCAAGCUGAUGAAAGGAGCAGUCCAUAUGCUAGAGGGCAGAACGGCUGUCCAGAGGGGCCUCAAUGAGGUUGGAGAAAUGGGCUGGCAGAAACCUCAUGUAGUUCAACAAAUAAAUGUGCAAAGCCCUUGCACCUUUGAAUAGAAUAAACCUACACAGCAGAAUAUGCUGAGGAGGCCAACUAGAUACAAAGUGGAAAAGGACCUAUUUAUCCUGGUGGAUAGUGAGCUGAACAAGAGGCAGCAGCGCACCUUUGAGGCUACUGCAUUAACUGCAUAUUGGGCUACUUUUAUGAAAAAUCAGAAGUUCAGGAAAAGUGAUUCUUUCCUUCUGUUCAGCACUAGUCAGGCUACAUUUGGAGUAUUGUAUCUGGUGUGGGGCUCUCCAGCACAAGAAAGGCAUUAGCAAACUGAUUCAAAUUGAGUGGAGGGCCACCAAGGUUGUGGUUCAUAUGCUCCAGCGGGCUGGAGCAUAUGAAAUACAAGGAGAGGCUGAGGGAGCUAGGUUUGUUCAGCUUUGAGAAGUAAAGGCACAGUAAAGCAGGGGAAAUCAUAUUGUUUCCUCCAACCACCUAAUGAAUGUUUAUAGAGGAGACAGCACUGUUUCCUCAGAGGUGCACAGCAAAAGGUGAGAGGCAAUUAACAUAGGUUGGAUAGAGAUAUUCCAGUUCUGCGUACGUACAUACAUAUAUGCACACACACACAUUAUAUGUAUAUACACACACACACAGACACACACACACACACACAUAUAUAUAUAUGCGCAUAUUAGAUAUGUAAAGUAACAUAGUAACAUUACAUUAUCUAUGUAAAGUUAUUCACUGUGAGGCAGGUCAAACACUGGGCCAGGUGCCAAGGGAGGUAGUGGAACCUCCAUCUUUGGAGUUCUUCAUCCAAAACUUCACUUGACAAGAUCUGAGAAACUUUAAAAAAACUUUGACAUUAACCCUGCUUUGAGCAGAGGGUCACAGCAGAUGAGCUCCAGAAGUUCCUUUCAAUCUAAAUUAUGCUGUGACUCUAAGACUCUCGGCUUUUCUCUAAAAUUAUUUUUUUUUGGAAGAUAUCCCAAAGGUUGAUGAAGCAAGCAGUUAAGAGCCAUCUAUUUUAGCUUUUUAAGCUGAGCACCAGUCUGGCUUGUUGAUUUUAUUUGCUGCUAUCAGAUUUCUGUUAUAUUAUGUGCAACAUUCCAGUUUCACUUUUGAAAUAACAAUAAAGGUGCAAAGUUGGAGGUACCUUUAAACAGGAGAUAGUCUGGACACCGUAGAGAAAAAAAAGAUGAAUGAUUAUGAAAACAGCAAAAUAAGACUGAAAUACAGUGUAAAAUAAAAAGUUGUGUGGCCUAAGGCCAAUGACAGGAAUUUCUGCUCUAAAGUACAAUAGAGUAGCUAAGGGUUUCCAUGCUUAGCUGGAAGUGUAUGAGAAGACCCUGAGUGUACCUGUUAUUUACAGAUAACUAUGUACUGUUCUGAAAAAGAUGAUUUGCUGAAAAUGCUAUAUGUAAUCUUAGAAUAUAUCAAACAAGGCUAGAGAUAAGGAAUAAUUAACAUUUCAGGAUGUGGCAUUGGUGAGAUUACACCUGGAAAAUUGUAUACUUUUUUAGCCAUGUUCAUUGGGGAAAUAUGAAUCUAGUUGGAGCGCACUGUAGCCAAGGGCUCUGAGGAUGAGCUGCAGAAUCAAGAGAGCCUGUUUUUCAAGAGGUGAUUAAACAUGAUCCGCUUGUUUAUCUAGUAAAACGGGCUAAAAGUGUGAUUGCUCUCUUCAUUUACGAUCAAGGUCAAGUGCUAAGUAUCAGUCUGAAAGGAAGAACUUUUUAAGUUAAGGGGCCAUGCCAGUGCAAAACCAGGAUAUAAUUUAAUCAUGAGUUCUCAUGAGCUGGAAACCAAAAGGAAUUUUCUUGGCAUCAGAUGAGCAAUGUUUUGCAGUAGGCUUAGAAGCAGAUGAGCCAUGGGAGGAAGAUCUAAUUCUUACUCAUUUCAGGGUAGAGCUUGCCCGUUUCUCAAAAGAUGGUUUUGAGAUUGCAGACUGGAUUUGUGAUCUGGGAUUCUGCCUGCAUUCUUAUGUUAUUAAUGCUUGCAUUUAAAUUGCCCUUACUUAUAACUUUGGGAUGACUACUGUCUUCUUGAUGGUGGUGAUGUCUUGUUUUGUGGAAGCUAAGGGGAACUGUUUGGCUGAGUGUCAGAAAUAAAAGCUAUGAACAGUGCCAGAUAUCAUUGCCUAUCUCAUAACAAUAAUGAAGGCUGAAUGAUUAAGAUAAUCCAGAGGUGAAUUUAGUUAAGUAGGCUGUAAUUGUUCAUACCAAGUAAAAGAAUAAAUGUGGUGACAGUAUUUAGGGUUGCAUAAAUUACAAUAAAUGGCACAUUUUGGCAUCAUGGCCAGACAUCAGACCGUAGUCAUAGUUUACAUGCUCUAAAAUGGACUUCUGUUUUAAUUAAAAUUACCCUUAGCAAUCACGUAUAAUCCACAACAAGAGCAAUUCAAUAAAAUACCUUUCAGGAAACCGGUUCAGGUUUCCUUGAGCUAGAGAUGUAAGUAGAUAAAGACCUGUUCCAAAGUACGCAUAACCACUCUAUAUUUUCAUAUUGGGUUUGCGUGUGCUGUUACUAAUACUGAGUAUAAAUCCAAUUAUUAUUCAAAGCAUGAAUGUUUCUUGCUUAUCCAGGUUGUUCAAUAUAUUCAAUGCAUUAUAUUUUCUCUUCCUACGAAUCCUUGGCUGGGUGCAUCUGAAUGAAUUUUAGCCAUAGAUUAAGAAAAUAAAACAACAUAUCAAGACGUGCUUAAGCUAUCUGUUAUAAGGAACACUUCUAAAGUUGGUUCAUCCAGUUUUUAAGAGGAAAGAAGGUAUGAAUGAUAUGAAAUUAUAAAUUUGACAAGCUCAGGAGAACAGGUGUUCCACAAAAGAGUGUGCAAAUGAAGCACGCUUGCACAUUUUCUACCUAAUUAAUUUUUGACCCCUGUAGAUAAACAUGUAUUUGGGGACCUUUAACAGAGGGCAGAACUGGGAGGAGACAAGAUUAAAACUGCCUAAACCACAGUUUAUAUUUGCUUAUGUUAGAAGUUAAUGAUUCUUCUACCAAGUACCAGCACAACCUUGCUUAAGGAGAGACUGCUCAGGCUUUUGACCACUUGAGUGGUAGUAUAGCUGCUGUUGUUGUGGAUACAAAAUCUAGUAUACUAGCUAUUUGUUAGAUAUUCCCUGGGAUUGAUGCGAAAGUGAGCUAGAAAGAGAGCAAUUGGAACAACAUGGAAGAGUGUUAACUUUCAUUCUCACGGUAAUUCAGUAAAGAAAUCAGCCAUGACAGUGGAAACUGAAUCCAGCCACAUUGAUGACUCAAACCAGGAAGCAGAACCUGCCCAGCUUUUGGAUGAUGAAGCAAAUAAACAACUACCACUCAGAAAGAAGACUUCCUGUUGCACAGGCCUGAAGGUGUUUCUCGCUGCUUUAUCAUUCAGCUACUUUUGUAAAGCGUUGUCUGGUACGAUUAUGAAAAGUUCCAUCACUCAAAUUGAAAGAAGGUUUGACCUUACGUCCUCUACAGUUGGUCUCAUUGAUGGAAGCUUUGAGAUGGGUAAUUUGCUGGUGAUAGCAUUUGUAAGUUACUUUGGAGCUAAACUUCAUAGGCCUAAAGUAAUAGCUGUUGGAUGCUUUAUUAUGGCUUUGGGAUGUAUUUUAACAGCAAUGCCUCAUUUCUUCAUGGGAUACUACAACUAUGAGACAGCAUCACGUGCGAAAUCUUCAGUCAACUUAACUUCAGACAUAAAUCCUUGUUUGCUACAUCAAGAUGCCAACAAAACUUUGUUAGAAGUCUCACAAUCAGGCUGUGAAAAAGAAACAUCAUCAUACAUGUGGAUAUAUAUCUUACUGGGAAACAUGUUACGUGGAAUUGGUGAGACACCGAUAACACCACUGGGCAUCUCUUAUCUGGAUGAUUUCGCUAAGGAAGAAGAUGCCCCUGUAUACAUAGCAAGUUUGCACACAAUAGCCAUGUUUGGCCCAAUGUUUGGUUUCCUGUUGGGAUCGCUAUGUGCAAAGCUGUACGUGGAUGUUGGAUUUGUGGAUUUAGAGAGCAUCACUAUAACCCCACAGGAUUCCCGUUGGGUGGGUGCAUGGUGGCUGGGUUUUAUAAUAGCUGGAACAACCAGUCUCCUAGCUGCUAUUCCUUUCUGCUUCCUGCCAAAGAGUCUGAAAAAGCCAGAGGAAGCCAAAAACGACAAAACGUCAUCUGAUCUCCUGGGAGCCAUGAGGAAGACACAUACUUCUGUAAAACCUAACUCAAAGAAGUGGUCAGCAAUCUUGAAAGAUUUCUGUACUUCCCUGAAAAAAGUCCUGAGUAAUCCAAUGUACUUUACGCUUCUGUGCAGCUCACUGUUACAGUUCAGUAGCUUUAUCGGUUUCUUGACUUACAAACCAAAGUACAUGGAACAGCAGUAUGGACAAUCUGUAUCUAAAUCUAACUUUAUCAUAGGAUUGACAUCGUUACCUCCUGUGGGUAUUGGGAUUUUCCUAGGAGGGCUCAUAAUGAAGAAGUACAAAAUGAGUAUCGUUGGAGCAGCCAAGUUUGCGCUUAGCAUGUCAUUUUUGGCCUUCCUCUUCACUCUCUUGCACUUAUUUGUGGGCUGUGAGAACCAUGUGGUGGCAGGACUGACAGUGUCCUAUGAUGGCAAACCCAUUCAGCACCGUGAAAAUGCCUUAUUUUCUGAUUGCAACUCUGACUGCAAAUGUGCUGCCAAUGUGUGGGACCCUGUGUGUGGAGACAAUGGAAUUACAUACGUUUCAGCGUGUCUUGCAGGGUGCACAGCUUCGGUGGGACAUGGCAAGAACAUGCUCUUCCAUAACUGUAGCUGCCUUGAAGCCAGCGGGUCACAGUGGGGAAAUAACUCUGUCACUUUGGGACAAUGUCCAAAAAGUGAUGCUUGUUCAAGGAACUUUAUUUAUUAUACAGUAAUACAAGUCAUAAGCGGCUUUUGUUAUGCAUUGGGAGGCACCCCAGCUUACAUGCUGAUGUUUAGAUGUGUCCAGCCAGAGCUGAAAUCUCUUGCGGUUGGUCUGUACACACUCAUUAUGAGAAUGCUAGCUGGAAUUCCAGCCCCAGUUUAUUUUGGUGCACUGAUUGACAGGACGUGCUUGAAAUGGGGAAGCAGAAGCUGUGGGCAGCGAGGGGCUUGCAGGAUAUAUGACUCCAAUGCUUACAGAUAUGCCUACCUUGGCUUAUCAGCAGUGCUAAGAGCUCCUUCCUACUUGUUAGGAAUCCUUUUAUUAAUACUAAUAAAGAAACACUAUCAAGCUAAGAAAUCCAAAUCUACAGAAAAUGGAGGAAGAGAAGAUGUUCCGGUGAAUAACGAAGAUAAUUUCAAGAGCAGUGAACCUCUGGCAGGUUCUCAUGAAGAAGAGAAAGAAUCCUGUAUUUAGAAGGCCGUUUUAGACCAGUGUCACAUGAAUUAGGGCACCUGGUUUUAGGAACAGCUCUCACGAUGGCAUGAAUAACUGAGCAAUAAAUAGUAACACUUCUUUGGAAAGUGAAGGUAGUAACAAACUUGUAAUCAACAACAAUAAGUGCCACACACAUUGUUUCACAACACAGCCAUGUUUCACUUCCAGGUAUGAAUAUGUGUACCAGGUUACCAAUAACAGGCAUAACAAGUUACCUGAACAGAGUCAAGUUCUCAGUUGAUAAGGAAGGAAAAUCCCACCUGGCGUGACUGACAGAGCCUGUCCACAGUUUUUAAGGGUGUCAGAGAUGCCUGCUGGCAGAACAGCCAGCUCCCCACGGCCUCACAAAACGUGCCGCUCGGAUCCUGCCAGGGAGUGGCAGGUUGAGCUCUAGCUGCAGGGUUCCCAUUUCAUCACACUCAGUGCAGAAUUCAAAAUAAGAUCUUUAAGCAAAGUGUUUCCACCCCAAUGAAAUGAAUCAUCUCAACCAUUUUCCACUGCAAAAUUGGCAAAAUCUGGCAAAAGCAGUAUUUUCCCAGAAGACAUUUUAUCUUAGUUCAACUGAAAACAUUAUAGCUGGUUAUAACCACAAAUAGGUUGAUAAAAAGGAAAUAAUUGUUUUUUAAAAAAGUCUCAAGGUUCUAGCGUUGUAUUAAAAGUUAAUUUUUUUAGUUGUGACUAUGAAACAUAAAUAUUCUGAAUUUUGUAGUGACACUGUUUUCUAAGCAAAAUCUGUCCAGUGUAUGCUGCUUUGUCCAAGGUGGCAUUUAUUGCUAUGCCAUGUAGUAACCAGCAGAGGACACUCAAAGAAUAGUAUUACCCAUCCAGCGACUGCAAAUGCUCGAAAUUUUUGUCAUGUAGGAAGUUGCUGUUUUGGGGGAGAAGCUGAUCAUCAGCUAUGCGCAACGUUCAUCUGUGUUUUCUUGCACCUUAAAACUUUUUCAGCUCAAGCCUUUAGCUCAUAUUUUCAGAGUUGCCUUUGUAUAUUUGUUGGUUUGAGGUCCUUAUGUUUGUACCAAUGAGACCUGGACAACUGUUAUUACUUUAAAUAAAAAGAUGCAUGCUGGAGUACCAUUUCACAACAGUGAUUGAAUUCUCUGGUUGAUACAUCAAAAUAGAUGCUCCAGGGUAGAGCGGGGAUACAGAAAUCAGACAUAUUUGACAACGUACUAAAGUACAUGGAGCAAAAUGCUAAGGUGAGCUGUUAUGUAGUAACAGUGUUGUCCAUCCUGAGCAUUCAUGUAGUAGUGACUACAGCAGCUAAGGGGAGAAAAGGGAUACUUUUUUCCAAAUAAAGUGAUACUUUCUGUA